AUGAAUAUAACACUAGAAGAACUUAUGAGAAGGCUAAAUUCAAAUCAAAUGACUAUUCAGGAGAUCUGUGAUGAAAAUGACAAUGAUAUUGAUUCUGAUGCAGAAGAAGAUGGUGUUAAUUUUAUACAAGAUAUCCCUUUUCCUCCGGCUAAGAGUUCAGAUACCACACUCUUAUAUCAAAAUACAAACAAGGAAGAACUCGAUCAAGAAGUAGAGAUCGGUCUGGAACAAAGUCGGGAACAGGACUCGGAUGUGCUAACUAGUAUCCAAAUAGAAAUGGCAUUGUUCAAAAAUGGAGGAAUUCAUGGCCUGUAUCUAUCGCAGGCCAACAAUUUCCUUAAAACGAUUCCACUAACUAGCGUGAAACCCACGCGAAUAUUUUCGUCAGCUGGAGUGAUUUGUAAUAAACUGAGAACGUCACUCAGUGACAAUAGCGUAAAUGCAAUAAGUUCCUGA